AUGUUCAAGUAUCGGAUCCGCAUGUUUUUUAAUGAACUGAAAGUCCUGGUGUUUAUGCGAUCCGAUUCGAGACAGUCCGGCUCAGACACAGAUAGACGGUCCACCACCAUGCGAGGUCUGGGGAUGGGCGGCUGCGGUUGGCCGCCUUUCGUCGACUGCCAUUCCCGGGAUGACGAGGAGGAGUACUACGGCAGCGACCCGCGGCCCCGGAGCCUGGCGUUUGAGGACAAGGAACCCAAACUGCAAGUGGGCCUAGACGCGGUGUCUCUGGCCAGCACCGCCAGCAGCCUGCGGACCCCCCAGUGCCGGAUCUGUUUCCAAGGCCCAGAGCAGGGCGAGCUGCUGAGCCCCUGCCGCUGCGACGGCUCCGUACGCUGCACUCAUCAGCCCUGCCUCAUCCGCUGGAUCAGCGAGAGAGGCUCCUGGAGCUGCGAGCUCUGCUACUUCAAGUACCAGGUCCUGGCCAUCAGCACCAAGAACCCUCUGCAGUGGCAGGCCAUCUCUCUGACGGUGAUUGAGAAGGUGCAGAUAGCGGCUAUUAUUCUGGGCUCCCUGUUCCUCAUUGCCAGCAUCUCCUGGCUCAUCUGGUCCUCCCUCAGCCCCUCGGCCAAGUGGCAGCGUCAGGACCUGCUCUUCCAAAUCUGCUACGGCAUGUAUGGCUUCAUGGAUAUCGUCUGCAUAGGCCUUAUCAUUCACGAGGGAUCAUCAGUGUAUCGAAUCUUCAAACGAUGGCAAGCUGUCAAUCAGCAGUGGAAAGUACUGAACUAUGAGAAAUCAAAGGACUUGGGUGACCCGGUGAGUUCGAGCAGUAAGACAGGGGCCCGUGGAUCUCGCAGUAACCCUCACGGUCUGGCCAGCAGCAGCGGUGGGCGACAGAGCAGGAGGCUAAGAACUAUUCUGAACCACCACUGUGGAUACACCAUCUUGCACAUCCUGAGCCAACUGAGGCCCAACGACCCCCGGAUCAGUGCAGCCGCCAACCGAGAGGUGGUGAUGAGGGUCACCACCGUAUGAGGCAGACCGGGCACGUGCGAUGGAAUAGACUUUGUCUUUGUGUCCAGAUGUAAAUGAAUGGUAGGACUUACUGGACCUAAUAUUAAAUACUACAGACUCACGUAGGCAAAAGGAGUCCUGUGAGGAGCUGAGCGAUGCCCGGAGCAUCAACAGACAGCACACACUUGAGGAUUUCUCCUCUUGUUUCGUACAACAAAAGGAAGCCAGAUGCUCCUUUUCAA